AUGAAGUUUGGGCACCACUUGAAAACUUCUCUUUACCCGGAGUGGACGGUAUAUUAUCUUGCUUAUGAGGACCUCAAGCGAGAAUUAAAGACUCGGACUCGCAAUGGUCAAUGGAGCGAAGAAGACGAAGUCUCCUUUCUAGAGUUUCUUGAAAAAGAACUCGAUAAAGUUUACGCUUUUCAGGCGUCUAUGUCUGAAGACAUAAAUAAAAGAAUUCAACUUUGUGAAAAAGAAAUUAGUAAUCUAGAUAGUAAUGCAGUGGAGGAUCACUACCUCGCACUCGAGGAGGAGCUAUCAUUAAUCAUUGCUGAUGUACAUGACCUUGCAAAAUUUACUCGUUUGAAUUAUUCUGGCUUCUUGAAAAUAAUCAAGAAGCAUGAUGCAAGUAUUCUUGAUCAUUUUAUUCACAAACAAACAAACAGGGAACUUAAAUAUAUGUAUAUGUCACGUUUGAAUGCCAAACCAUUUUACAAGGAAAAUUAUGACGCGUUAAUUGUUAAAUUGUCGCGUCUUUAUGACAUUGUUCGCACCCGUGGUAACCCAGUCAAAGGCAAUUCUUCUUCUGGUGGUCAACAGCAAAAUUUUGUACGCAACACUACCAAAUAUUGGGUUCAUAAGGAUAAUAUUACUGAACUCAAACUUCUCAUAUUGAAACAUCUUCCAGUCCUAGUUUUCAAUCCUAAUAAACAAUUUGAUCAAGCUGACUCUGCAAUCUCUUCUAUAUACUUUGAUAACGAUGAUUUUGACCUAUACCUUGGCAGAUUGGAGAAGACCGAAGGUGCCGAAGCUAUUCGGUUACGAUGGUACGGUGGAAUGGAUGUAAAUGAAAUCUUUGUCGAACGUAAGACGCAUCGAGAAGACUGGACUGGUGAGAAAUCUGUCAAAGAACGUUUUCCAAUAAAAGAAAAAUAUGUAAACAGGUAUCUUCGUGGCCAACAUAUCAUGAAUGAAGAUUUUAAAAAAAUGAGAGAUAAAGGAAAAAGUGAUAAAGAAAUUUAUGACUUGGAAAAAUUGGCAAACGAAGUACAAUAUAGAGUUCUCACUAAAAGGUUGAGACCUGUGUUACGUACUUUCUACAAUAGAACUGCAUUUCAAUUACCUGGUGAUGCUCGAGUUCGUAUAUCUCUUGACACUGAAUUGUCAAUGAUUCGCGAAGAUAAUUAUGAAAACACCAUUCGUUGUGGUGACAAUUGGCGAAGAAUGGAUAUCGGCAUAGAUUAUCCAUUUUCACAGUUACCUGAAAAAGAUAUUGAGAGGUUUCCUUACGCGGUUUUGGAAGUCAAAUUACAGACUCAAUUUGGACAAGAACCACCCGAAUGGGUACAAGAAUUAGUACAUAGCCAUCUGGUUGAAGCAGUUCCUAAAUUUUCCAAGUUCAUUCAUGGUGUUUCGACUCUUGUGGAAGAGCAUCGAAUUCAUCUUUUACCAUUUUGGCUUCCACAGAUGGAUGUAGACAUUCACAAACCAGCUCGAGGUAACUACGGUCUUCAACGACCUGCUGCUGAUACGCCAUCUAAUGAGAAUAACGACCCAAUGAGUUCCGGGAGCUCAGGACAAAGCGAUAAUGUUACUGUUGAGGUAGAUGAAAUGAUUGAUGAAGACGAAAUUAACGAGGAAACACCUUUAAUUUCGGAAGAAAACCAACAAGAGUUUUCAAGAUGGUUAUGGACAACGCCAUCUACGAAUGUACUAGAAGAUGAACCCGUCAUCGGAUCUUCUUCUGGACGAAUUUCAUCAUUACCAGUUCCACGUUAUUAUAAGGGAAGGCGUGUUGCAGUACCUGUUCGCGUUGAACCCAAGGUAUAUUUCGCCAACGAGAGGACUUUUCUAUCUUGGUUACAUUUCGCCAUUCUUUUAAAUGGAUUUGCUAUUGGAUUAUUAAAUUUUGGUAGUGAUGAAGUAUCCAACAUUGUGUCCGGAGUAUUUAUGUUUGUUGCAAUGUUGGUUAUGAUGUAUUCACUUUUAAAUUAUCUUUUCCGAGUCUACUUGAUUCGAAAACGAUCUUCUGGACCAUACGAAGAUAAGAUUGGGCCUCCAUUUAUUUGUGGAUUAUUAUUCAUUGGGGUGCUUGUCAAUUUCUGGCUAAGGUUUUGGACUCCCGAACAAUUGGUGUUAUAA